AUGUCCGAGACCAAGGAAUUCACCCUCGCCGAAGUGACCGGCCACAACACCAAGAAAGACCUGUACAUGGUGAUCCACGACAAGGUCUACGACUGCUCGUCAUUCGUCGAUGAGCACCCGCCCACACCCCCCCCAACUAACCCACCUCAAACAAACAGCGGAGGCGAAGAAGUCCUUCUGGACGUCGCAGGCCAAGACGGUACCGAAGCCUUCGAGGACGUUGGCCACAGCGACGAGGCCCGCGAGAUUCUGGACGGGUUGUUUGUCGGAAACGUGAAGCGCAUGCCCGGUGACCCCGCCCCCCGCGCACAAUCCAAGCCCGCCGCCUCCGCCUCCUCCGGUGACGCCGCCGGCAUGGGCGUCGGUCUGUACGCGUUCCUGGCCGUCGGUGGUUUGAUCGCCUACGGCGCGUACCAAUAUCUGCAGAAGGCGUCGCUGUCUGCUGAGACGCAGUAG